AUGUCCCAAACUUACGCCAACCACCCCUUCCCCCUCCUCUCGACCCCAGCAUACCAGGCCAAGCAGAAUGGUGAGCUCCCUGAGAACCAAAAACUCGACAUGUUCACCGAGGUCGCCUCGGAGAUGGUCCUGGUCCACAACAUGAUCAUCGGUGGCCUCAACUGCAUCUACCUGCAAGCGUCACAUAUCAAGCCCACGGUUCCCCGGAACUACUCUCCCUCUCCUCAACCAUGCGAUAUAACAGCCCUUCAAUAUUUCACGUCGGGUUUUCUCCCACGCAGGUUUUCCUCCAGCGUCACCUGUAAUUAA